AUACUUGAACUGCACGAACAGCCGCCGCUCCGGCGGGCUGCUCGCUGCAUCUCGGGGGCUUCUUUAGCCUUCCACGCCCGGCAGUUCCUACCUACGCCUUUCGCAACCUUUUCGGAACUGCGCGAUCCCGAGCGAGCAGGCUGGCCCGGGCUGCGGCGGCUGGUUACGGCUGGAGUGUUUCUCGGCGGUGUCGGCGGGACGGAGUACACGCUGCUUGGCGCCGCAGGCUGAUCCCGCCGCGACCCCGGGAGCAGUGAUGUUGGGCAGCUCCGAGCCCGGGCCUGCGGCCCGCGAGGCGGGCUCGUCGCUGCUAACAUUGCAGCAUACGGCGCUCCAAGAGGACCAGGAGAACAUCAACCCCGAGAAGGCGGCGCCCGCCCAGCAGCCCCGGACCCGGGCGGGGCUGGCGGUACUGAAGACCGGGAACCCGCGCGUUCCAGCGCCGCAGCAGAGGCCCAAGACACGACGGGUUGCACCUCUUAAGGAUCUUCCUAUAAAUGAUGAACAUGUCACUAUUCCUCCCUGGAAAACAAACAGUAAACAGCCUGCAUUUACCAUUCAUGUGGAUGAAGCAGAAGAAGAGACUCAAAAGAGGCCACCUGAAUCUAAAAAAACAGAACAUGAAAAUGUCCUCGCUUUUAAUUCAGCUAUUACUUUACCUGGACCAAGAAAACCACUGGUACCUCUUGAUUAUCCAAUGGAUGGUAGUUUUGAGUCACCACAUACUAUGGACAUAUCAAUUGUAUUAGAAGAUGAAAAGCCACUGAGUGUCAAUGAAGUCCCAGACUACCAUGAGGACAUUCACACAUACCUUAGGGAAAUGGAGGUUAAAUGUAAGCCUAAAGUGGGUUACAUGAAGAAACAGCCAGACAUCACUAACAGUAUGAGGGCUAUCCUUGUGGACUGGUUAGUUGAAGUAGGAGAAGAAUAUAAACUACAGAAUGAGACCCUGCACUUGGCUGUGAACUACAUUGAUAGGUUCCUUUCAUCGAUGUCUGUGUUGAGAGGAAAACUUCAGCUUGUGGGCUCUGCUGCUAUGCUGUUGGCCUCAAAGUUUGAAGAAAUACAUCCCCCAGAAGUAGCAGAGUUUGUGUACAUUACAGAUGAUACCUAUACCAAGAAACAGGUCCUGAGAAUGGAGCACCUAGUCUUGAAAGUGCUUGCUUUUGACCUAGCUGCACCAACAAUAAAUCAGUUUCUCACCCAAUACUUUCUGCACCAGCCGUCUGCCAACUGCAAAGUUGAAAGUUUAGCAAUGUUUUUGGGAGAACUAAGUCUGAUAGAUGCUGACCCCUACCUAAAGUAUCUGCCAUCAGUUAUUGCUGCAGCAGCUUUUCAUUUAGCACUCUACACAGUCACAGGACAAAGCUGGCCUGAAUCUUUAGUUCAAAAGACUGGAUAUACCUUGGAAAAUCUUAAGCCUUGUCUCAUGGACCUUCACCAGACCUACCUCAGAGCACCACAGCAUGCACAACAGUCAAUAAGAGAAAAGUAUAAAAGUUCAAAGUAUCAUGGUGUUUCUCUCCUCAACCCACCAGACACACUAAAUGUGUAACAGUGAAAGACUGCCUUUGUUUUCUAAGAUGUAAAUCACUCAAAGUAUAUGGUGUACAGUUUUUGUAAGGUUUUAAUUUUACAAUCAUUUCUGAAUAGAGUUAUGGUCAAGCACAAAUUAUGGUAUCUAUUACUUUUUAAAUGGUUUUAAUUUGUAUAUCUUUUGUACAUGUAACUAUCUUAGAUAUUUGGCUAAUUUUAAGUGGUUUUGUUAAAGUAUUAAUGAUGCCAGCUAUCAGCACAGUAAGAAUAAGAACUAAUAAAUGGAUUUGGAAAA